AUGGAUUCCGCCAAGAUCAUCAACAUUAUAUUAUCACUUUUCUUACCACCAGUCGCCGUUUUUCUAGCCCGUGGGUGGGGUACUGACUGUAUAGUGGAUAUCAUUUUAACGAUUUUAGCUUGGUUCCCAGGUAUGCUAUAUGCUUUGUACAUUGUUCUACAAGAUUAA